GAGGGCUGCCGUAAGUCACGCUGCUGCCGCAAGCCGCUGCCGUCGCUAAGUGCGUCCCUAGGUUCAGGUUAAAGUUUUCCGUCAGAAGGCCGCGCAAGUGCGCUUGCGUCUCACCGUUACCAUAGCGACCGGGCCUCUGGACUGCAGAUCCUAACUGCCUUGUCAACACCUUUGAGCAUCGGCAGCUGCGGAGGCCGGGGUAACUGGCGGCAGGUAGGAAACUAUGUGAAAGAAUCUCCUGAUGUCAUAAUUUCCGGGUGUCACUGGAACAUUUGAUCAUCAUUCCUUUGGCAGUUCCAGCCUUCUAUGGAAGGCCAGUAGAAAGCAUUGAUUUAUUCACCUCUACAGGAAUCAGACUCAGCCUCUUUUGGUUUUCAGUGAAUUAUGCCUUUUCGAUUUGGAACCCAGCCAAGGAGGUUUCCAGUGGAAGGAGGAGACUGUUCAAUUGGGCUGGAACCGGGGCUGAGCUCCAGUGCUGCCUGUAAUGGGAAGGAGAUGUCGCCAACCAGGCAACUCCGGAGGUGCCCUGGAAGUCAUUGCCUGACAAUAACUGAUGUUCCUAUCACUGUCUAUGCAACAAUGAGAAAGCCACCUGCACAAAGCAGCAAGGAAAUGCAUCCUAAAUAGCACCAUUAAGUCUUUUGUCAAGGUCUGACUAGGUCAAGGGUAAUGGACCAGUAUCAUCUGCUGAUCUGGUAAACAAAUAAAAGUGGUGGCACCUUUAGAUGAUGA